CCACAGUCGCAUCACACGCAAAGUAACGACGCGAGCACAAGUUGCUAUUAUCUGAGAUUUUGCAGUCGGUCAAAAAAUAGGGAAAAAAUAAAGAACUUUGAUAGAUUUCGAUUGUGCUCGAUUGCUUCGCGUUUGUGCCAUGCACGAGUGAACAGUACGGUGGAAGUAAGAAAAUAGUGUUCGGUACGUGGCUAGGUGAGGUUUUCGCAAUUUCCCGGCCGCUGCCAGUGCGGAAAAUUCCUGCCAUAUUUGUUUUCUUUGUUGAUUUCUCUUGUUUACCGUUUCACGUCUGUGCGUGGAAAAACUCGAACGUGGAUUGAAUGUUGCUAUGAGAAAAACCUGGAGUGGUGUAUCGAAAUACCUACUUGAUAACAAAAGAGAAAAUUUUGUAACCAUGGAGUACUACGCCAUUUAUCUACCGUACAAAGAGCCCGAAUUGUCGAUAAAGAGCUUCUAUAAUGAUAAGGAGGAAGCAUUGAAGGUACUCAAGUCACACAAGGAAGCACGACUGAAAGCAUUCCGCACAAGUGAGGAAGCGGUGUAUUUCUAUCUGAACGGGCCAUCGGAUCCGUUGCCUACAGCAACACCGAAGUCUCCAACUGGAACUCCAUCCAAGUUGAAGGUAGAAAAAACACCUUUUAAAGCACCGAAAAGCCAGGAACUAGUAGCAUUCCGCAAGUUAAUCGAAAAGAACUCAUUGGACCUAGCGAGGGACAUGAUUCAACAGAACCCCCGUUAUCUGGUUAGUUCGGGCGAUAUGCCCACCAUUCUGAAGGAAGGUCCCCGUUACAAUGCCUUGCAUGUAGCCGCCAUGGAGGCUAGCACUGACAUGUGCAAGUUGAUACUGCAGACAAUCGAGAAACCGAGUUUUAUUGAGUUUCUGCAUGGACAGCGAAAUCCUUCGACUGACGAAGUCAGUGCCAUUCUGUUGGAUUUAUAUCUGAACAUGCCGGACAAGAGCCGCAGUGAAACACCGCUUCAUUUUGCUGCUAAGUUCGGUGCCGUCGGUGUCGUUGAGGUUCUGAUUUCCUAUCCCCAGUGCAAGAUGACCCGAAAUACGGACGGACAGCUGCCGAAAGAUAUCAUUUGUACGAGAGCCAAAAUUAAAAACGAUACUGUGGAGAUUCGCAAGGCAAUUGGAGACUUGCUACAGGAACGUUUCUUCGUACCGGUUAUCCGUGCCGUGGACAACAGCACUCCACCGGUGGUCGGGGAGCCAUUUACGCUAUCCAAUCCACCAAACCUGGAAGCGAAAGACAAGUUCAGUCCCAAGCUGGAAAUUAAAGCCUUCGCCGGGCCGAUGGAUAAGGAAAAAGCGAAAGUGUUCUGCAAACGUUGGAAAACUCCUCCCCGAUUGAUUCCAUCGCCGCGGUUCAUUUCACCGGUGAAAGCGUUCAGUUCCAGUAAGAUACCGAUAUCGGUCUGCGGGGGCAACACGCUGAGUCCGCUCUCGUCGACUCCCAUUGCCAACAAGCGUAGCGGCGGUCGACGGUCACUUUUCCCAAACAGGUCAUACGAGCUGACACCGGAACAGGAAGAACAGGAACAGCGCAGUAAUUCGAUCAAUAACAAUUUCGACAUUGAAGUCGUUCAGGAGGAUGUGGAUUUGGAAGAGUUAGAGGAAAAACGGCAACAGGACGAGAAGAACGGAAAUAGCCUGGUGGCCGGAAUUAAGCCGAUUGGAAAGACUAUGGGAAACUUUGGCAUUCGCAUGAGUCCGGUAAAAAGAAGCGGUGAUGUGGGAAAUUUCAUGUUCCGUCGGUACAGAGAACGGCUGCAGAAUUCUUUUGCCACUAUUUACGACGAUGACGAUGAUAACGUAGAUGCAGGGAACGAUACGCGAGAGGGAUUCAACGAACUGGAGCAGGAGGAAAAAUCCAUCGGGAAUGGAGAUACGAAUUUUAGUUAUUUUUGCGACGAGAACAAUUCAUUCUACGAAGGCACAAAUAUUACCGAAUCGCCUUCGUUCAAAGAACGAAAGCUACGUCUGACGGACACGGAGAAGGGACUCGAGAUCAUUGGUCGAAAUUUGGCCGAAGAUCAUGAAGUUGGUUGGAACGAGUACUGGAAUUUUCUGGGAACUUUUGCCGAUUUGAAAAGCAACGAUGGGCUACGAUUGUUCGAAAAUUAUCUCAAGCAGCAACGCCAGCCGGAAUAUAUCGAUUCCGGUACACCCAAAGACGGGCUUCUCCAUCCCAAACAGUUCGGGAUCGUUCUCACCGAGAGCAAAGCCAACGACAGUGUCGGUUCCAUUUGUGGCGCGAUGGAGCGGAUGCAUCUCAGGGAGAAUCUUGCAAAAUCAUCUCCACUGGUGAAUGUCGCCGGCAUGAGACAUUUCCAACCAUCGGAAUCGACUCCGAUCCAUUCGAAAAUCACCAAUCCGUACCUGUGCCUGUACAAUUCGCUGCAAGUGUUUGCCAAACGAUUCGUGAAAAACCUGGACGAAAGUAGCACGGCGAUGACAAUGGAUUUUGCGGCGUUCUUCCAGCAAGCAGUGGUUGACUGCGUCCGAAAGCUAAACACGCUGGUCGACAACUACCGAAAGGAUGCCGCCUUCGGUUCGAUCGACUUCAGCAAGGUGCACUCGCGGUACGCUCAGCUCAUCGUGAUCAACAUCGAACAGCAGAAGGCAACGGCCCAGGGGGUGAUCCACCGCCUGAAACUCCUGCUGGACAAGAGCCGCGAGGUGCACUCUGCCCGCAAGUAUCCCGAUCUGCACGACAGUUUGAUCUGUUUGCAGAACUUUCUCGAUUUCUACAUUCUCAAGAAAGCGGAACUGAUGGCCGACUGUGGGCAGAGUGAAUCGCAAACCGAAACCAGCUGUAGCCGAACGUGGACCGAGAAUCCGCUGGUGCACAGUUGUAACUGCCGGAUCGACGGAGUGUACGCCAAGAAGGGCAGCAUGGAACGGUUGAACAAACGUCGGGAGCAGCGGAAGAAAGCGAUAAUCUUUGGUAGUACGAGCGAUCAGAAGCAGCAACAACUCGGAGGAACAGUGUUUACACUGGAAGACGUGAAACCAGUACCUAGUCCAGCACCGGCGACCAGCACAAAUUUUGGUUCCUAUCGAAAUCCAGUGACACUGAUUGACGAUAAGUCCGACGACGAUGAUGAGGAGUAUUUCAGUUGCAGCGAUUCCGAACUGGAUACCGACUCCGAUGGCGAUGAUCCGGAUGUUAGCUAUGAAACUCCACCUUCCAGUCCAUCGUUCUUUUCUCAACUACAAAACACACAAGAUCUUAGUACAAUCUCAACGGAUGACGGUGUGGCCAGCGAUGAACGCGAGGAACAAUUCCUCGACAGUAAUGGCGAUGGGGACGAAUCCGAUGGUACACCGUUCACGAACUUCAUAGAAGGUCUGGAGCCAAGCAAACAAGACGUAGACGUGCUUAAUGUGGUAGAAAAACGUGUGAUAGAUCCAGAGCAGUAUCCGUUUGUGCAUGAGUGGCGGAAUGCAAUGCUGAAGCUGCCAGAUGGACAGAGGCAUAGCCUUUCCACCAAACCCUCAAAAAUGCGCUGGCGCGUUGGCAGUUCACACCUCGAUAACACUUCAGCGAUUGCGGAUCUUAGCGAUGCGGACGAGUCUCCUUUUGGAAAUGCGUCCCAGGCAGCAACCCCGAUCAGUUCGGUUUCGAAACUAUUGCGUUAUAGAGGAGGAGCAUCCGUCACUGUCAGUGGCAAUAACGACGACAGUCUGGUGUCCCUCGAUGCCCGUAUCAGUUUAAUGAAUAUUUCCGACUUCAACGCAGGUCAGCAGAGAGCUACGCCUGCACCAUCCUCGUAGUGUUGGUCGGCGUGGGAAGCAUUCUCACUUUCUAGAUUGUUUUUGGUUGCUGUUUGAUCGUUGUCCCUUUCCAAUAUUUUUUUUAGUUGUUCAUGUAAAGCUUAUAUUUUAUUUUCCCGAUCAUCACUAUUUCGUUUUUAGCCAUAUGGCAGCAAACUGCCGGAAAUUAAACUGAAAUUAGCAUUAUUAAGCGUAGUUUCAGUAGAAGCGUUACAUUAUGGAAAACCUGCCAAAAAUAUCGUUCUGAGAACUGAAUUACAAUAAAUAAUUUUAUGAAUCGAAUCCUCAUGUCUCGAUGAGUCGCGUGGAAACGUAGUAGGUAAUCUGUCCGUUAUCCCUCUCUGUCCGACAGUUAAAAGUGAUAAUCGCAGUGGCAUAAAAUGUGUUAAACCAGUGUCGUUCACUACUACCCGUAGGCCUUAAGUGCAAAUUCCUUCUUUUUUUAUUACAUUUUUAUAUUUGAUAUUGACUAUGAGUAUGACGUGGAAAUAAAUCAGCUGAAAGAGCUAAACAGUCAAUCGUAA